AAUGAAUGAAUGCUCAGCUGUUGUCAUUCCCAGAUGUGGUCCAGCAAGUCCAUUUAAAGGACACUUAAGUAAUAAAAGUAAUGUUUUCUGCCUUGGCUCCGCUCGAAAUCUAGCUAGCCAAUACCUGAUCAGAGAUCACAUGGUGGUUCAUUAUAACAGAAUUCUUUCAGCCAAAGCAGCUGUAGACUGUUCAUUGCCCAAAAGUAGGUUGGCCAGCAUAAAACUUGCUGACCAGCAAAGAAGAGAGAAACUGAAAAAGAAGAUAGCCAGAGGUGGACAGAAGAUAAGUUUGUGUGAAACUGUCUCUCCAUCCUGUCCAAGAGACAGUGGAAGGCUGCUGCCAUCCUCUUUUAGAAAGAGUCUCUUGGAAGCAGAAGACAGUGUCUCACCCUCUACUGGGCAGGCACAGUACUUAUCAAGUGAACCAUCUCCUUAUGGCAAGGAUUGCUUGGUUCACUCCAGUCCAGUGAAAUGCACCAGGAAAUGUUCUCGGCAUGCAGCCGGGGCAUCCUACUCAAGUGUCUGUGUGUCAAGAGCAGCAUGCAAACACUCUGCACUCCCACGCAGUCACUCCAUCGAGAGCUUCGUGAGCGUUGACUGUUCCCAGAGGUGCCAAGGAAACCACCUCGGAGCCAGCGGCGGGGAUCUUCUGGAGAGGCACUCUGAAUGCUUCACUAAGAGCCGCAAACCUUUCACUCCGCGCACCUUAAUAUCAAAUGCUAAACCUUUCCUGUCAGAGUACAGGUUUUACACUCCUGCUCGAAGGAAGAAGAAAAAUCGCCGCAAGCAGUGUGUGGAAGCUCAAACACAGACUGAUAUGACCAGCUUUCCAUCUGCAGACAAAGUGCAUGUGAGAAAAGUCACGGGUGAAAAGCAGAAGGUCCAAUCAAAGGCUGAAGAUAAAAGAUAUGCUUUGGAUGAGCCUGAGAGAGGAGUAGAUGGGUUUCAACACUCCAGCCUAAGAGAGACAUCCUGGUGUCCUCAGAAGUCCUCUCCAAAGAGAACUGUCGAUGCUGAAGAAGAGGAGCUUUUGUAUUUAACUUUCAUUGAAGAUGUAACAAAUGAAAUUCUUAGACUUGGCUUAUUUUCUAACAGGGUUCUGGAUCAACUGUUUGAGUGCUAUAUAGAAGAAAAUAAGAACCGCCUUGAUGAGGGCAAAAUGCGCCAGAUGUUGGAUGUGCUGAAAUCAGACCUUGGCUGCGGCCAGGACAGCAACACAGAGUUCAUCCAGGCGGGUCAGGAAGCCUCAGGCCCACGGGAUCUGCAGGAGUGUGAUACAACAGAAGAGCUCAAGUUUACCAGUAAAGGUCACAGGCUGAAGAAAGCUGCAAAAAAUGAAGAAUUCCUUGAGACCAUGGACUUGUCUUUAAAGAAACCAAACAAAUGUGAAUCACUGCCCCGGAGCAAAAGGUCAAGGGAGACAAGGGGCAAGAAGGACUUCCCAGAAGAUACCACAGAAAUUAUGGGUGCUGGGACAGAGUCUGAUUUCUGUGGUGUGGAAUUUGAUGAACACCCAGACACUUCACCCACCUGUGAGGCAGCUUUUUUUGCUUGUGACAGUGAUUUGGAAGUCAAUAAGCAACUUGAUGAACUUGAGGAAAACUUUCAAGAGGCCCUUCACAUUUCACGUAACUAUUCAUAACUGUAACCAAAACUUACCAGUUAAACAGGGAUAGAGUUCCUUCUGUGGUGAGCUGCCAUUCGUCAACCAGUAGUGAAUUGUUAGGUUUAUUUUCAGUUAUUUCUGUUUAAAUACUGCUAAGGUCUCUGUAGCAGGAUACUAUUAAUUGGAUAUUAAUCUCUAUGUAAAUUAGAUCUUAAAGGAUAAAGGAUCAGUUAUCAGAAGAAUUUUUGUAUUUUGCCCAUAACUGUAUAACUCGAAACAAACUUGAGAAUAUUAAAACUAGAUUUAUAUUUUUAGAGCUAUAAUAAUAAGUUAUGAAAUAUUUAUUGAUUUAAAUAAAUUAAUUGAUAGCGCAGUUGUGGUCCUGCUAUAAAGAUCUGAGAUGUUGUAGUCUGCAAGAAUUCAACAACUUAACUAAAACUUAACAUCAAACGAUGUCCUCUUCCAGAAUGGACAAACAGUUCCCUAGUGUACUAAGUUACCCCUAGCAGAAGCUCACAAAUGAAAAAUUAAACUUCUAUAGUGUACUAUGUUACCCCUAGCAGAAGCUCACAAAUUAAAAAUUAAACUAUUUCACAAGAAGAAAAUCCAAAUUUUAACAGAUCUAUGUAGAUUAAUGACUGCAGUUUUUUACUUAGAGUUCUUAACUUAAUGAGACUGCUAAGUUCAAUUUCUUGCACUGAUGAUAGCCAUGGCAUAGCAUUCUGCAUCAGGCUUUGGUUUUGGAAAAGGAUUGAAUUGCUUACUGUUUGAUGACUAGGACAUCAAACGGUGUAGAAGAAGACACAUGAGGCACCUUGUACAGCAAAUGUAAAAGAGGUGGUGUAUUUUCUGGUUUAAGUUAAAUUUAAGUUAGUACAUGCAUUGUACAAAAUCAACCCAAGUUGAUUUGGGUUAUUGUUUAAUCAGGGUACAGCUAUUGCCUGACAUUGCUGUUGCUGCAGAAUGAGCUCAACAGGUUCUGAGGAAAUGCUGGCAAGUUACAUUGUCCUGCUGUAGGUGAGGAACUAGAAGUCUUAGGAACCUGGAUAAAGCCUGUCCUCUGAUAUCUCCUUGGGUUAGUUUCUAACCCUCUUCCUCCAAGGAGAAGCCCAAGUUGUACCAGUUCUUACAUAACAACUGCCAGCACCUGCCUCCCCUGUGCCUCGUGAGCAUCAACCAAAGUCUGUGACUCCAUCAGCCAGAUAGCCCAUUGCAGCUUAAAGGAGCUCCAAUAGACACAGACCACUGCUUCACUUAGGAAGCAUAAACUUUUAGACAGAAAGGAAGCGUCAAAAAACAGCUAGAGGAAGCCAGUCAGAGAAAAAUGUGUCUGGCACAAUCAUAGCACUGCAGUGCAGAACACAGUUCCCACUUUCCUGGGUACCUUGUCCACAAUAAUAAAUUGCACUUGUUGACAAUGACAGGAGACAGAGUUUAUUUUAGCCAGGUACAUGUGGCUGGGCAGAUGGGCACCAGCCUUUCAUCUGCCAUACUCAGCUGAUUGCUUGUAAGUCUGGCCAGCAGCAUGAGUGCUCUGGCUCACUGAAAAGCAGGUGAGAUAUUGUAGAGGACUUCUACAUCCCCCCAUCAGAGCCUGUCUUGUUGAAAAGAUGUGACCACCUGGCUGAGUCAGUACAGUGCAGGGAGGGUUUGUGCUCAGUCACAAGUGAUCACAGACUUUCUCCCAUCCUCAAGGAAACUUCUGUAUUCCUUACCCCAGAGAGGUGAACAGAAAGCAUGCCCUAGGAAACUUGGUUUUAUUUUACAAAGAAUUCUGACACACAGGGACUGGUUUGAAAACUAAAGAGCCUGGUUUGAUGCAUACAAGUAUAAAGCCUCUGCUCCUCAGACAGGACUUCACCCACUCUUGUGACCCUCCACUCCAAGUUCUCCAUUCUGGUCAAUAAUCAGAAUUUAGGGGUUUUUUCCCCUACCUAUCUCUACACUUACGACUUACACAUUGUAAAAAAUGUCACUCAGCAAACUUUGGCUUCUUGUCAACAUGAGUCUGAUUAAAGAUUAAUAAGAAUUUCACCUUCAAAUUCUGUAAAUGCAAAAGUUCUGUAAGAAAACACCAUAGCAGUGAACCCCACAGAAAGGCACAAGUAAUGACAUACCCAUUUCCUGUAAUACAAGUAACACAAAAAUAAAUAAAAACAGUUUCUUGACCAUA